AUGGAGGCAGAGAGAGGCCGUGAAAUCGGAGAUGGAGGCAGAAGCGGCGGCAGCACGGCCGCCGUCCCCGUCCGGAGUGCGUUGUGUAACCUCGGCGGAGAAAGCCAUGCCGGCAGAAAGGUGCCUUUCCGCCCCAAUGUGCCGGGGGAGGAGAAGGAAGGGGGCGGCUUUCGUAGGCGACCGCCGACUGGCAGUCACGAAAUCCCCCCCCACACGCCCGCGGCGGCUCACGCACGGCCGUGCCACGGAAACCACGCUGCCUCCCCGCGGGACAAAGGCGCGAGGUCGCCGAGACGGCCGUAUCCGCCUUCCAUCCACAAAAACCGCCUCCCUGCGCGGGCAAGCCCCGCUCCCUGCCUCCCUCCGCCGGCGACUAAAAGAUUGAGAAUGAGAACUGCAGAGGUUCUUCAUCCUGUUUUUCCUUUAAAACAUCCCAGGAAGAGAAGAAUGAGUGGAAAAUCAGGGAGACUUUCUCUGAUGCUCCUAGGCAGGGGAGACAGGCUACUCUGGUCUCUCCUGACAAUCAUGUCUGCCCCAGAGGGAAGCAGAAGAACUCUGCUGUCAUGAUGAGGUGGCAGAAAAUCUUCAACAGAAACUUUUUUAAUUCACCAUUGAGUUCCCCAAAAUACUUUUGACAGUCACCAACCCAGUUAUUAGGCCUACAAUUUGAACAAAGAGUACCUCUGUUCUUGUAUCAUCAAAUGGGAGAUCCCUACAAAUAACAAUACAUUAUAAUGAAACCAUGUUUAAGUGAAAUUCCAAUGAGAGAAAAUACCUUUCUUAUUGAUAAUAAUUGUGUGUUUCCUCUAGGCAUUGAAAAAACUUGUAUAAUAAAAUAAUUUAUUUUUUAAGACA